AUGAUUCACCACCGACGCGCGCGACGACGAGUCGUCCGCGUCCAGUCGAUACGUGUGUGCCACCGUCGGCGGAACGUUGACGUGGUGGCGAGCGCGAUAAUAAUAAUAAUAUAUAAUCGUCUUCGUCGUCGUCGUCGUUACACUUGAUCGGACGCAACAAUAUAAUAGUAAUCACUACUCUGUUAAUUUUUUUUUUUCAACAUUAUACAGUAAAAUAUUUUCUAUUUAUUUAUUUUUAUAAAAAAAAAUAAAAUAAUUUAAAAAUACAAUUUUUUUUUUAUUUUUUUUUUUUUUAAAUACUCGAGCCACGUGCCGAAUAUUAAUCGUCUGCCACGGGCGAUGCGCGUCACUCACGUCGUGUGAUACCGGAAAAUUUCUCUUUCGAACGUUUUACGACAAACGACACGAAUCGCGAAGACAGCAUGCACCCUCACAAACGCGGUCGUCGUCAACAUCGCAGUCGUCUGUACCGCCGUCACAGCCACGCGUCUCGCAACUCUUUCGAUUGUCAUGUCACUGCUGUCGUCGUGUCCAUUUAUCUUCGAUAUUAACAAAGAAAUACUGAUAUGCAGACAAUCGGUAAAGCAAAUAAUAAAAUGGACUUUCCUUUAAAUUGGACUGAUAUAUUAUUAAAAUCAAUAUCAGGUAAGACGAACUAUACUAUUGAUGUAAAAAUAGGAACUAAACGUAUUGCUACCAACCAAGAUCUAAGAGACAUUACAAAAAAAAGACGUAAACAAUCAAAUCCUACAAGGAUAUCUUCUAAUGAAGAAAAUACGAAAAAUGAAAGCGACAAAAAAAUAUUAUUUUCUACCAAAAAUAAAAGCGAACUGAACAAUAGUAAAGAAGCAACCGAUUUAAAAUUAACUUGUCCCCAAUAUCCUUUGGCAUCUUUACCUCUAAAUCUGACGACAUCUGAAAACCAAAAACUUUUACCAAAUGAGGUACAAAAACUACAAUUUUCCAAUGAUAUACAACUGCAAAAUGACUCAUCAACGGAAAUUUCUAAUAACCCCAAUUCGUUGCAUCAAACAUUUUCGAAUGAAAUUUCACAUAACAAUAAUAAAGACAACUAUUUGACUGAAUCUUCAACCUGUAUGAUGCCGUUUUCUAAGAACCAACCAUGCACAUCAGGAACUAAUGUUGGGCCUACUUCUGUUCAAAUAUUUAAUCCAGAAGCAUUUUGUGAUCAAUGUAACAAAGAAUUUUGUAACAAAUAUUUUUUAAAAACGCACAAGGCUAAUAAACACGGUGUUUUCAGUGACGGCUAUUCAAAUAGUUCCAGUAUAGAUCAGUUGGAUAGAAUUAAAAUAACAGCAUUACCCACGACUUGCGAUUUCUCUUCAAACAUUAAUGAUAAUUAUAUUGGUGCUUCAACGUCAUCUUUGUUUAAAAGUCCUGUAUUGUUUUCUCCGUCAUCGGUAAAUCAAAGCACAUUUGUGUCCAAAAAUAUAUUUAACAAUCAAACACGAGCGUUUUGUAGUAUAUGCCAGAAAGAAUUCUGUAACAAAUAUUUUGUUAGGAAACAUAAAGCUAAAAUUCACGGUAUAAUAGACGAUGGAGACUUUAAGUUAACUGAUGAUCUCCCAUUGAACUUCAAAACAAAUUUACAGAUCAAAAAUGAAUUUUUAGAUUUUGGAGUGUCCGAUUCAUGUGAUAAAGAUGUUCAAACAGUAUCGCCAUCUUUUCAUGUUAACGAAUCCAUAUCUGAAAUUUCAAAAUCACAUGAAAAAUUAUUCUUAAAAGAUACUCAAUCAUCAGAAGAUAAUGAAACAGAACUUGUGAAGAAAUACACAACAUCUGAAACUCCACAUAAUAACUUUAAAGUUGAAAAUACAGAUGAUGAGCGAAAUGUGAACUACAUCAAUAAAUUAAAUAUUGAAUUAUGUAAUGUCAUCGAUCUUCAUAGUACUGAACUUACUAGUAAUUCAAGUCAUAUCACAAACACAAAUGCACAUUAUGAAAAAGAAGUAUUUAAAAAUGAUUGUUUAAAACCAAGCACUAAAGGUAUAAAUCAGCAACCUACUGAAUUUAAGACUAACACUAAUACCCCCAUUAACUUAAUUACAAAUAAUUGUGUCAACGAUAAUUUGACCAACAAAAUUAUUGGGAAUAAAAUUAACAUCAUAAAUAAUUACCUUCCAGAUACAAUAGCAACUGUUGAAAAUGAAAGUAAAAUAAAUAAAAAAAUUGAAACAGAUGAAUCUAAAAUUGACUUGAUGAGCAAAAGCAAGUUACUUACAUUACAGAAUCUAUUUUUUAAACGUAACGGUAAUACGUUGGAGAAUAUCUCAACAUGUAAUGUAUGUAACACCCAAGUUAAUGGAUCUUUAAAAGCUCAUAUUUUCAAUAAACAUGAAAACAUCGUUAAUGAACUAAUGAAUGAAACUUUAGAGUGUAAUGAAAAUUUACGUAACGAACAUUCAUGUCAUGAAUGCCAACAAAUGUUUAAUUCUGAUGCAUUGUUGAAAGAACAUAUUGAGCAAUGUGAAUGUAACAUUAAAGGCAUGGGUAGGGCUUCGGCUAGUAGUAAAAAUUCUGCAGAAAAUGAGGAAUAUAUUAAUCAUCAUACCAAAGACUUCGGUGAAAAAAAACAGACUACCAUGUUAAGUAGUUUUUGCAAAAUAUGUAAUAAAGAAUUGUGCAAUAAGUAUUUCAUGAAAACUCACAUGCAACGGAUGCACGGUAUAUCGAUUCAAAAUGGUAAUCAUAUUGGGGGAGUAGUGUGUGAUAUAUGUAACAAAGAACUUUGUAGUAAAUAUUUUCUACGAGUACACAAACAGAACUCACAUGGCAUAGUUGAACAUGGAUCUUGUCAAAAAUAUUGGGCCGAUUCGAUGACUGAGAAUGGACAACUGUCAGAUGAACCUGAAAAUGCUCAUAGAUAUUAUAAGCACUAUACUGAAGUGUGCAACAUAUGCCUUAGACGAUUCAGAAGUUCAAAAUGGUUAAGAGCUCAUUUAUUAAACGACCAUGGUUCUGAGGGGAAAAUUCAAUGGAAGCAUAUUCAAAAUCAUUUAGAAGAAGAAAAGCAAAACUUGCAAUCUAACUGCGAGUUGAACGCGAGCUUAAUAGCAAUUGAAAGUCCUAAACAAAAUCCAGUCGAGGAACAAACAAUAUGUGAUGAAAUGAAACAGUACCGUUGUUCAUAUUGUUCUUUUACCACAUCUAUUUUAUCGUUUCUUUUCGUGCAUGAAAAAUUUCAUCUAGCUGAAAAUAAAACCACAAAGGACAUGUCGUUAACAUGUCCUACUUGCAACGCUGUGUUUCAAAACAAGACACAGUUGGAAAAUCAUUUUACACAUUGCCAUUUCAACUCUGAUGCAAUGAAUUCACCCGUUCCAUAUACUACUUUACACUCACCAGACAACACACACGUUGCACUCAACGCUAGUGAAGAUUCGUCGGCAGAUAAGUCAUUGGAUAAUAACGGAAAUGACGUAUUCACCGACAAACUUGGAACAUCGAUCAAGUUGUGUCAAACCGAAAACGCAUCGGCAUCUACAGGAAAAAAUCACCAUAUUCCUCAGUCAAAUCAAGAACCGUUUAUAAUGCAGUCGUUUUUUCUUGAAAACUGUUCAGUAUCUCCGUCGGUCAAGAAGGAAAUGACUGGUCGUAGUGAUUCAUUUCAUUCGUCUCUAGUCUACUUACCAGUCAAAGAAAAGUUAACGUCAACUGUUAAUGUUUUCUUCAAACUAACCCCAACAUAAAUAUCUACAUUUUAAUAUCUAUAUGUAGGUAACUAUAGCAUUCUAUAGUUCUUGUUAAUUAUAGUUUGUAUGAAAUAACAAUAUAAUAUUAUGAUAUACAUCCACAGAAUUAAAAUAAGACUGAACUACAUAUUUUAUGGGUGCUGGAAUGAAAUUUGGUGAUAUCGAUAAUACUAAAGUUCCUAAUUUAGCCUUGAAUAAAAUAUUAUGUCAUAAUAUAACAUUGGUAGUUUUGUUUUAAUUCCAAUUCGUAAAUUCGAACUACUCCGGGAAUUCAUAUGCUCCAAAUUUAAAGUUUAAAGCAUAAUUAAAAUAUAUUAUAUAAUAAUAUGAUGAUUAAAGUUCUACCCAAAAAAAGUAAUUUCUACAUUUAGAUUUUGUAACUCUUUAACGAGUAAAAUAAUAUACACUAUUAUAUUAUAAUAUAGAGUGAUUCACCAUUAUUACAAAUAUUUAUAUUAAUUAAAACUAUAAUAUGAUAUUUUUUAAAUAUAUAAAAUUAAAUUUUUUUUUUUUUUUUGGAAACUUUAACAUACGCAAUACAAAAUUUCGUCUUAGAAUUAAAAUGAUAUAUCACUUGUGUUUAAUAUUUUUUGAACAGCCGUCAGUCACCAAUAGUUAACACAAUUUAUAAUAGAUGAUAUCACUUAAUUAAUUUUUAUUGUUUAAUCAUUAUAAACUAAUUAUUUUUCUAAUUGUGUAUUUAAUUUUAAUUGAUUUUGUUUUUAAAAUAUUAUCGGCCGAAAGUAAUUAUUUUCUAUAGAAAGUUAUAAACCAACUAGAUCUUGAAAAUUAAUAACUAAAAAUUAAAACUUCUUACUUCCUAAAAUAUUAAGCCUUUUUUAUUAAAACAAUGCAUAUUGUAACAUCUAAAAAAUAUAUUUAAAUUAUAAUCUCUUUAAAUUAUAAAUUUUUAAACUUUUUUUUGUUAUGUAGUGUUGUCAUUGUCUUAGAUACCAUACGAUAAUAAUAAUUGUUUUAGUUUUUGAGAAGUUAUAAAAUAUUGUGAUUUUUUACCAAAAAUAUUAUUGUUGUUAAAGUUUCCAUAAAAAAAAAAAAAAUUGUAAUACUUUCAGCUACAGAAAUAUCUCAUGUUACGUAUGAUAAAAAUCACUCUUUGGCUUAUAUAUUUAUAUUAUAUUAUAUUAUAUAGGUUUCAUAAACGCAGUUGUUUUAACUUAUUUAUUAUAGUUCAGUUUAGUUACCUAUAUUUUAAAAGCACCCAUUCAAAUGUAAUAAUGGUAAUGGGUUUUUAAAUCAGAUAAUCAAAAAUUGUUUUAAGCACUGCCUUGACAACUAGGUCAUUGGCUUGAUAAUCAAAAUUAUACAUUAAACUAGUUCAAUUUUAUAAUCAAAAAAAUAAUAAUUUCGUUAUUAUGUUUUACAGUUAAUAUUAAUUAAAGUUAUCGUUAUACAAGCACGAUUGUUUAUCUUUUUUUUUUAUAGAUAAGACUAUUAUUAUUGCUAAUAUAAUACAUAAAUAUAUUUUAUGUAGGUUUACUAAAAUGCAAAGAAAUUGAUAAAUCAUUAAUCAAAUAAUAGAUUCGUCAUGAUCUAUGAAAUUAAAUAAAAAGUAGGUAAUUAGUAAUUUGAAUUCCUUCAUCAUUUUAAUUACUUGGGCUCGGAUUUACAUGCUAUAAAUAUUUUUUAAAAAAUGAACUUUAAAAUAAAAAUGUUGAAUGUAUAUACAUAGUAUAUACAUAGUUUUAAAAACCAAAAAUAUUCACAAGAAAAAAAAUAAUAAUGAUGUACAAAUCAAAUCUUACUGUUAUUGAUAUUUAUUUUAUUUCUAUUUUAUUAAAAAUGGUUUACAUUAACUAUAAAAUGUUACCUAAAAAAUAAAACAUAUAGUAUCUUAAAUCGAAAGCAAGUAAACAUUAUUAGUAAAAUAAUUUUCGAUUGAACAUUUUUUUUAUUUGACCUUUAUAAAAAAUAAUAUAUAAUAUGUAACAAGGCAAUAUCAAUUUUAUUUAAUAUAAAUGAAAAAAAUACCUAACUAAAGCAUUCAAGUUGCAUUACAAUACAGUUUUUUUAAUUCUCAGUUUAUCAAUUUUUUACCUAGAAAAACCUCUUUUCAAAUCCAUUUUAUUUAUACAAUAAUAUGGUCAGUAUCAAUAUUAUAGAGAAUUCACCAAUAUCUAUCGUAUCCUUAUCGUAACGAUAGCUAUCGUAAAAAGUAGUGGGCCAUUCAAUAACAUUUGUUUACGUAUAGUGUAUGACUGUGUGUCUGUAUAUCCCUAUUAUUAUGUUGUUAGAGUAUUACAAUAAGAUUAAGACAAGAUUAUUAAAUUUGCGGAAUAUAAUAAAAAAUGAGGUUUCAAUAAUUUCCGUUAUUUUCUUUGAUAACUUCUGUUGUAACUUGUAAUAUACUUAAAAUAUUAAUAAUAUAUGUGUAUUUAAAAAUCCAUGUAUUAUAUAUAUAUAUAUUAUCAAUAUUAUGCUUUAUAAUACUAAAAAAUUAUGAAUAUGAAUAAAAUAAUAUAAAAAAUCGGUAAAAUAAACUUUGUAAUAUAAAAUUCUAUACUUUCUUUAGAUUAAAAUUAAAAUGUCUAUCGAAUCUAGUACUUAGCUACUUUUAUAACUAUUAGAAAAACAACAAACACUAUAAUAAAUAUAACGCUACUUUUAAAUCCGAGCCCUUAUUAUUAUUUACCUACCAAUUAUAGUUUAUUGUAUUUUUAUCGGUAUUUAGGUAUUAGGUACUGAUUGUUGCUUAUACGACAAUGUAUCAAAUUACUUAUAAACAUAAUAAACGGAUUUUGAUUAAAUAGGUAUUUAAUGAAUAAUAUAAUACAAUUUAUAAAUAGUUUACGUUAGUUUAUUUGUCAUGUACAUAUUUAUACGACUGUCUUUUUUUAUUUUAUAGUUUUGACCAUUAUUCCUAUAGGAACUGGUGUGAUUACAUUUACAUAUGAUUUAUAGUAAAAUCAACCGUAUUGGUUAUGUGUUUUAUUUUAUAGAAAUACCGUAAACCCAAUAAAAUGAUUUCCAAAUUAUAGCUACAGAAAACUAAAAUAAAAUGAAUUGUAAUAGUAAGAAAUAUCUUGAUUAUGUCUUAUAUUUAUUUUUGGAUGAUUACCUAAUAACUAUCAAAAUAAUACUUUUUUUUUAUUAUCUACCAACAAACACAUUCUGUUAAGGAAUAUGCUAUUAUAGUAUUAUUAUCAUAAUUAAAGCAAUUCAUACCAUAAGUUUGUUAAGCGAAAUUCUAUAGUAGACUUUCUUAUCAAAGAACAAUGUGAUUAAGCCUAAAAUUAAGUUUUAUGAAAAUGUUUCAAGUUGGUAAAUUAUCAUUCUUCUUGUGUUUAAAAAUUAUUCAAGAAACAAUUGUAUAUUUGUAUCGUUUAUUUUAAUAUCACAAUAAUAUUGUUAAGUAUUAACUAUGCCUAACCAUGUCUCAGAAACACACAUUUUAAUAUUGUUUUUUUAUACAAUUAAAAAUAUACUAUUGGCUUAAUUAUCUUGUUCUCAGAUUUAUACAACAGUGAAAAUAUCAUUAAAUUAAUUAAAUACCUAUUUGUUUAUAAAAUGUUUAAUUUAUUUAAAUGUUGAAAAGUAUUUAUUUAUUUUUAAAUUUUUACCUAAAAUCAGUUAUUACUACACCAUCCACAUAAAAUAAAACAAUUAAAAGCAUAGAUUCUACUUUCUUUUUUUUAAAAAAAAAUAAAAAAUUCUAAGUAUUCAUUAUAGGUUGUUUAAACACGUUUAUAUCUUAAAAAAAAAAGUGUAACCAUAUAAUGUGAACUUGAAACAUAAUUUCUGAAGCAUAACUUAACUAAUGAAUAAAAUUGUAUGCUUAAUAGUUUGAUUGAGUUCUUUUGAGAUUGAAUGCCUUAAUCGAAUAGAAAUCGAAUAAAAUCGGAUGUAGGCAUUAUAUGUAUUUUUGUUUUUAUUUAAAAUCAUUAUUUUAUCUUAAUACAUAUUGCAUAAUAUUAUGACACAUUUAUAACUAAAUAGAUUUACAUAUAUUAUUUCAAAAUAGUUUUGUACUAUUUACUUACUUACAAGUACGAACCUUAUACUGAACUUCAUAUUUGUGUAUGACUAUAACUACAGUUAUAACUACGCUGCGAGUACUUUAUACAUGAAUAUUGUCACACAAUUAAGGCUAAACAGUUCUAAACCAAAUGUAUUUAAUAUGUUUUCAAUCUCAUAUUCUCAUCAUCUCAUAAAUAUGUAUAUAUUAUCAAGUUCAAUUUCUUAAGAAUCAUCAACACAAAUAAUUUAAUCUUUAAUAAAUAAUUUAUGGGUAAAUCUCAAAUUGACAGAUGAUACUGGUUGUAGGUUACACCAUUCCUAUUUUGCAUACAUACUAAUAUACAACUAUAAAUUAUGAUACCUUAUUUUACUAGUUUUAUUUAUGAAUUUAAAAAUCAAUCUACUAAUUAAAGUUCAGGAUAUUUUAAAACAAAAAUUAUUGAACUUACACCCUAAAGUGUCAGAACAUUUUUAUUUAUAACAUUUGUAGAAUACUUUCACUAUCUGUUAAAAAAUUAAAAAAGCUUUUUAAUACUUGUUGGUUAAUCAUAUGAAAAAUGCACUCAAGUAUACCUAUAUAUUAUACUGUGUAAUAUUUUUAAUAAUUAUUAAUAUAACCUGAAUAAUAGUGGUUAAUGAUUAUAAUAUACUUUUUGGAUUUAUGUAUUGGUUUGUGUUUUAUGUUGUUUAAAUUAAACUAUUCAUACAAUGUGGAAAAAAAUUCUAA